UUCGCGCUGAGCAAACGAACAGAUCAGUACUGUGCUGUGGGUCAGUGACGGGUUAAGGUGUAAAGUGAAAGUAAAAAAAGGUCCCGCUUAGCGCACAGACCACUGAAACGCACACUCGGCGGGUCAACGCUGAAAAACCAAUAAGAACGGCGUGGGAAUUUCCAGGUCUUUUUGCACGAUUUCGAGACGGAGAAGGGAGAUCACACCCGAAGCCGGAUACGACCACUUGACUGAGCGCAGAGAGCUGUGGCGCGAUCAGACGCAGGCAGGCGUCGAACAACCUCAUCGAAAAGCCUGAUUGAGAGAGGCUGCAGACAUUUGCACUUGAACUUUGAAAGGGUCUGCAUUUGGAUUUUACUUAGGUGUGGAGAGCAGAGCUUCAGCAGAAGCAUGAUCUUGUUUGAGUCUUGGCUGCCUAAGUGGCUUCUGGUUUUCCCUAUAGGACUGUUGUGGGCAUUACCAAUCUGGGUGAACUCUCACACACCUGAGUUCUGUACAUCUCUGGAAACUCUGAAAGAUCAGCUCAAUUCAUCAUUAAGGAGACGAUAUUUGAAACAUAACUUUCCUAUUAACUACACAAUUCAAGUGCAUUAUGAAGAGGUCUUCAGACUGAAAAAUAUCAGUAGGAUGAUGAAUGAAACUGAAGAUGUGAGGGAUCUCCAGGAUUUGUGGGUCAAGGUCACUGUUAAUAGCAUAGAGAGGAUAUUGACAGUGCUGCCAGAGAGGCACCCAACACGUUAUAAAUACCUUAAUAACCUUGAUUCCCUUUUUAAAACCAUCCAAGAAAGCUACCCAAAGCGGAACUCUGAUGAGGUAGAUUAUCCAGAAAGCAUCGAGAAGGCUUUAGAAAGCUUGCAGUCAACGGACCUUCAAAGGAUGAAAUCUGUCACACCCAAAUCCUUAUUUGAUAACUGCUAUCGGACUAUGCACUGCUUAUUUCAAGACUGCUUCCCAAGAAACUCAAGCCAAAAUGACUACUGCAGUGCUCAACACUGGAGAAAGGGGAAAGGAACACAGGGAUGAAUGACAGUUCCAUAAAACAGGAGUUUCUACUGAGUAAAUGCAUAAAGGCCACAGCUGUUUAUUAGUUUACCAGCAUACAAGCAAUCCAUUCUUACCUCUAACCAUUCUCCAUCCACCAUCCAUCCAUCCAUCCAUAUAUAUGCUGUAAUAUAUACAUAUAUUUAUAGUAACACGAGCACAGUUGUAUGUAUGUGUGUUGAGUUGAGCAAACCAUGAAUUUCCUUCUAUCUACUAUCGCUAUUGCAACUAUUUGCCCUCAUUCACACUGUCUAAAAGGAAUUUAAUUAUGUUUUUGAUUAUUUCUGGGAAAAAUAUCAAUAUAUUAUAUGCGUCUGUGCUAUGAUCUUCUAUAUGUUAAAGAAGUGAGCACACACACACACACACACACACACACACAUACACAUUAUAUAUAUAUAUAUAUAUAUAUAUAUAUAUAUAUAUAUAUAUAUAUAUAUAUAUAUAUAUAUAUAUAUAUAUAUAUACAAUUAGAUAUAUUAGAUACUGUAUAUAUAAUUAGAUGCAGAUGUUUUGUUGACUGCUGGCUUAGUCAACAAAUUCCUGUUUUCUUUGCUGUUCUGCAUUUCUUACAAUGUUUUUUAAAUGUAGUAAUACUUUUUUAACGUGUUUUACUUUUUGAAAGUGUUUUAAUAUUUUUAUUUUUAUUUUGUGCGUGCGUGCGUGUAUGUGUUAUUUAUUUUGGGAAUAUUGUAGUAAUCAUGCAGACGAAGGAAAAAAAUAAAUAUUCAUCUGGCGCC